AAGAUGAGCCUAGUCAACAUAAGUUAUAAGGAAAACGUCCGUAUGUCCUAGCUCAAAUGACAAAAAUACCGAAAUUGUUAGGUCGGACGUCAUAACCUGGGUUUGAACUGUGACUCAUCCAUUAGUGUGUGUAUGAGUUUAUUAUGGUUUUGUCAUUGUCUAUCUACCAAAAAACAAAGUUAUAAGAAAAAUAGAGUCCACUUGUAAUAUUACUGUGGUUUGACUCAUUCAAAAUAUGAAAGACAAUAUUACACUGAAAUAUACAGUAUAUUACUAAUAUGCUAGCCCGAUCCAUAAGAAAAAUCAAUUAGAUUUAAAGUAUUAUAAAUAAAGGAAACACUGAUUCCACAGGCCAGGCAGUCCAAGCAAGUAGUAUUAUCACCAUUAAUUAAUUUUCACUUUCUAAAGCCCAGUUCUCUCUCUUGUUUGUGAAUGAAAGUGAUGAAGGUGAAACAUGUGUUAAUGGUUACUGCAUUAACCAUGAUGGUAGGAAUAGUUGCAGCUGAUUCAGAACCAAAUACCUGCCGUCACACUUGUGGAAAAGUAGAAAUUCCAUAUCCAUUUGCCAUAGACGUCAACAACAACGCUUCAUCGGAAUGUUUCUUGCAUCGUAGAUUCAUUCGGCUCUCUUGCAAUGAAUCCAAAAUAUACGUUGGUAACGUGCCAGUGUUAAACAUAAGCACCUCCACAGCUCAAAUGGACGUGUUACUUAACGUCUCUUACUAUUGCAGUGUCGAUAAUCAAUAUAAAUCCAGGCUCCGUGGUCGUUCAUAUACCAUUUCAAGCAAAGAAAACAAGUUCCUAACUAUUGGUAAUGACAGUUACGGUUACCUUAACAGUUACAAAGAUAACAAUACCUAUUCAACAGGGUGCUUAACAAGAUCUUUUGGCGAUCGGAGAUUGAUUGAUAACGGAACAUGUUCGGGUAUAGGGUGCUGCCAAGUUGAUAUUCCUCCUCGAAUGUUGAAUAUAAGUAUAGAAGCUUCUAAUUUCAACAAAAAUACAUCGGAUGUUUGUAGCUAUUCAUUUAUUGUCAAGAAUGGCAACUAUACUUUUUCCACCACUCAUUUAUCAGAAGGUUUACCUUUCAAGCAAUUACCUAUGGUUCUUGACUGGACUGUUGGUGACUUUGACGAAAACUGCAGUACAGCUUCUUCCAGGAAUAAUGGAGUCAACUAUGCAUGCAAGAACAAUAGCCAUUGUCAUGACAACGACACAGCUUUUGGUUACCUAUGCAGCUGCAAUCCAGGUUAUGACGGAAAUCCCUACGAUCCCAUUGGCUGCACAGACAUUAACGAAUGUGAAAGUGAAACAAACAAACACAGAUGCAAAACUAAAGCAAACUGUAAGAACAUUGAUGGGAAUCACACAUGUUUCUGUCCAAAGUGGUAUUCCGGAGAUGGAACAAUGGCAGGAGGGUGCAAAAAUUCAAUAGUAUUACCUACUGUCCUCGGAGUAGGAGCAACAUUUAUUCUUCUUUUUCUGGGGACAUUCUCGUACAUCAUAUACCACAAUAGGAAAUCCAUCAAAAUGAGAGAGAAAUUCUUUGAGCAGAAUGGUGGUUUAAUUUUGAAACAAAAACUCUCCACAAGAGAAGACUCCUCCUCUCAAACAACUCAAAGUGCUCAAAUAUUCACACAAGAUCAGCUAAACAGGGCCACCAAAAACUUCGACGAGAGUUUAAUCAUUGGCAAAGGUGGUUUUGGUACUGUUUUCAAAGGAUUUCUAGAUAAUAAAAGAAUCGUGGCUAUCAAAAAAUCAAAAAUAAUAGAUAGAAGCCAAAUCGAUCAAUUCAUCAAUGAGGUGGUUGUUCUCUCUCAAAUAAAUCAUAGGAAUGUGGUCAAACUCUUGGGCUGUUGUUUAGAGACAGAAGUUCCUUUGUUGGUUUACGAAUUUGUUACCAAUGGUACCCUUUCUGGUUUUAUACACAGACAAGGUAAUAAGGUGAAUAAUGAAUCAUGGAAAACUCGUCUUAAGAUAGCAGCAGAGGUAGCUGGAGCUCUGUCAUAUCUGCAUUCAUCUGCCUCAAUACCCAUUAUCCAUAGAGAUGUCAAGAGUGAUAACAUUCUCUUAGAUGGAACCAACACUGCCAAAGUAUCUGAUUUUGGAGCUUCAAGAUUGGUUCCACUUGAUCAAACUGAAGUAGCCACAAUGGUGCAAGGAACUAUUGGAUACUUAGACCCAGAGUAUAUGCAAACAAGCCAAUUGACUGAAAAAAGUGAUGUAUAUAGCUUUGGGGUAGUUCUUGUGGAGCUGCUAACAGGGGAGACACCUUUUAGUUUUGGUAGGCCAGAAGAGAGAAGAAGUCUUGCUAUGCAUUUUCUGUCCUGCUUGAAAAAGGAUAAUGUGUUUGAAAUUAUUGAAGAUGGUAUGUUGAAUGAAGAAAACAAACAAGAGAUCAAGGAGGUAGCUGUUCUUGCGGCAAAGUGUUUGAGACUUAGAGGGGAAGAAAGACCUAGCAUGAAGGAAGUGGCUAUGGAAUUGGAGGGAAUGAGAUUGAUGGAUAAGCACUCUUGGAUCAAUGAUGACUUAAAUGUAGAGGAGAAUCAGUACUUGCUUCAUGAAUCGUCAUCUAGCAUUUAUGAAACUGGUGAUAGCAGCAAACAUGGAGAUAUUGGAUAUGACAGCUUGAAAGAUCAGGAACUGAUUGUCUUGGAUGAUGGAAGAUGACUGCUAGAUGAAAAAAAUGCAGUUCCAUUUCGUUGUAUUCGAAGUUUUUUCAUGCAUAUUUUAUUUUAUAAAAGAACAUUAUGGCGUCGUUUGAUCCAUGCAGCUGAUCCCACUUAAUGGUAUGGCUUGGUGGUAGUGGUUGUUGUUGUUGUUGUUGUCGUCGUCUAUUGUAAUUUUCUUUUAUAUAAUGUGUUGUGUGUAUGUAAUCCAACUUUUAAUGAUUUUUAUAAAGUAGAGACAGAGAUGGAAGUGUUGUAUAAUAAGAUUGUCAAAAUUAUGGAAUAGUAUUAAAAAUGUAAUUAUUGGUAUUGUAUAUUAGACUCUUUUAUAUUCUGUAGUUUUAA